AUGGCUCCUCCUAAGCCCCCAAACCCCUCUUCUAGAGAAAUCAUUGAAGAGGCUGUCAAUCUUGCAACACAAAAUAUUGAAUCUGCCAUGAAUGAAACUCAAGAGCAAAUUGAAACAAGAUUUGCUCAAAUAGCAUCAGAUCUGGCCCAGCAAAUAGGACAGAUCCAAACACGCCUUGACAAUGAGAAAUCCGUUGAGGAUUCUCGUUUUGAAGCCCUCAUGGCAGCUGUCGGCAAACUUCCACUACGAAAAGAUAAACACACAGCAGAAACUGUUCCGUCUGCCGGUACAGCCACCGGUUCUGGUGCAGGUCAUUCAGGUUUGACACCUAACCCAUCCUCUCUUUCCUUUGGUUCCCCACCAUUUUCCCAUAUUUUAAGUCCGGUCACCUCCCCUUUUAAACAAUCCACAACCAUUGCUCAGUCUUUACCCCCACCAUCUUUUUCUAUUCCACAACAGCGUUUCGCUGCUGUUCCACCACCCCCACCUUUCACAACCUAUCCGCCUCUAACCCAACCGUUCCCUCCUUUUAUUCCAAACCCUUAUCCAAAUCAAUUUUCCAGCCCAAAUUCUAACUACAUUCAGCCCAUCACCAUACCACCCCUGCCCCCUAUGAGGACUCCCAAACUGGAACUACCUGCUUUUGAUGGAUCUAAUCCCCUAGAAUGGCUAUUCCAAGCUGAACAGUUUUUUAGUUUCUAUAAUUAUCCGGCAGAAAACCGUUUAGCGCUUAUUUCUUUUUAUAUGAAAGGGGAUGCCUUGGGUUGGUUCAAAUGGAUGCAUCAUAGCCAUCUUCUCACAGAUUGGGCUUCCUUCACUAGGGCCCUUGAGAUGCGUUUUGGGCCUUCCACAUAUGACAACCAUCAAGCGGAAUUAUUUAAGUUAAGACAAGAAGGUACUGUGGUUGAAUAUCAAACAAAGUUUGAGCAACUUGGAAACCAAGUGAUGGGGCUUUCCCAAGAUGCUAUAUUAAAUUGUUUCAUCUCUGGUCUUAAUGCUGAAAUUCGAAACGAAAUAUCAAUUCAAAGGCCCACCAAUAUUUCUCAGGCCAUCGGAUUGGCCAAAUUGAUUGAAGCAAAAAUUCGUGAUGCAAAACCGAAACCAUUUAAACCAUAUUCCAACACCUCCAAACCCCAAACCUACCCCACAAACCAUUCCUAUCAGCGCCCAAUGGGGACAGCAGCCCAGCAACUCACACCACCCAAAACAAUAACUCAAACCCAAACUUCACGUCUACCAAUAAAAAAGUUGUCUCAAGCCCAAAUCCAAGAGAGAAGAGCUCAAGGAUUGUGCUUUAAUUGUGAUGAAAAGUUUAUCCCAGGUCAUAAAUGCUCUACAGGCAGAUUUUUAAUUCUUUUAUGCGAGGAAGAACAUGCAGAAUCAGACCAAUCAAGUCAUGAACAGCCAGAACCAGACCUACAUACAGACCUUGAGGACACCUACUUUCAACUAUCCACCCAAGCCCUAACAGGCCACUUUUCUCCCCAAACACUAAAAUUUAAAGGGUCAAUUGGUGGCCUAACAGUCCUGGUUCUCGUAGAUACCGGGAGCACUCAUAACAUACUCCAACCUCGCAUUGCAAAACAUUUAAACCUUUCCACUACUCCCAUCCCUCACUUUUCUGUCAUGGUAGGUAAUGGCUCUCACCUACAAUGUGAAGGUGUUUGCAAUAAUGUCAAACUCCAACUUCAAGAACAACAUUUCCACCUUCCUUUUUACCUUUUGCCUAUCGAAGGGGCUGACGUUGUUUUAGGGAUGGCAUGGCUAAGAACUCUAGGUACUAUUCAGGCUGAUUUCUCUAUCCCAUCAAUCACCUUUACUCAUAACAAUUCCCCAAUUACCUUACAAGGUGAUUCUGCAUCGUUGCCUACACCCGCCACCUUUCAUCAACUCAAACAUCUCCUCCACCAAGAUUCCAUAGCUUCCUUACACCUAAUGUUUCUUCAGACCACACCCACAUUACCACCACCCGAACCUAACCCUCUAGCCACCCUACCAAAAGACACGAACCCUAAACUCUCCAACCUACUUCACAAAUACUUACCUAUUUUUCAACCCCACACUGGCCUUCCACCCCCACGACCACAUGACCACCACAUUAAUCUUUUCCCAAACACUGCCCCCAUCAAUGUCAAACCAUACCGCUACCCUCAUUAUCAAAAAACAGCAAUGACAACAAUUAUUGAUGACAUGCUAAAGGAAGGGACCAUUGUGCCUAGCCAGAGCCCUUUCUCAUCACCGGUUUUAUUAGUCAAAAAAAAAUAUGGCACGUGGAGAUUUUGUGUUGAUUACCGUGCUCUUAAUGCUGUUACAGUAAAGGAUAGAUUCCCCAUACCCACCAUCGAUGAAUUACUUGAUGAACUUGGCUCAGCCAAGAUCUUUACCAAAUUGGAUUUGCGCUCAGGCUAUCACCAGAUUAGAAUGGCAUCAGAGGAUACACAUAAAACAGCUUUUCGUACUUUCGAUGGACACUAUGAAUUCCUUGUUAUGCCAUUUGGCUUGACAAACGCACCCUCUACUUUUCAAUCUGCCAUGAACGAUCUAUUACGCCCUUAUUUGAGAAAAUUUGUUUUAGUUUUCUUUGAUGACAUACUUAUUUUUAGUUCUACUUUUUCUGAACACUUAUCUCAUUUGCAGAUCAUUUUUGAUUUACUCUUGGCUAACUUUUAUGUGGUGAAGUUUUCUAAGUGUGUGUUUGCAGUACCCACGGUCCACUACCUGGGACACGUUAUUUCAAAUGGGACGGUAGCCCCAGAUGCGGAAAAGAUUCAGGCCAUUUUGGAUUGGCCUCAACCACGUUCCCUCACGGCACUCAGAGGAUUUCUCGGACUCACGGGAUUUUACCGUCGUUUUGUGAAAAACUACGCCACACUCGCCUCUCCCCUCACCGAUUUGCUGCGUUCCACUAAACUUGUUUGGAGUACAGAGGCUACAUCGGCCUUUACAGAAUUACAACGGACUAUGACCAACAUGCCAGUCCUCACACUGCCUAAUUUUACAAAAAAGUUCAUUGUUGAAACGGACGCAUCAGGCGUAGCCAUCGGUGCUGUUCUCUCCCAGGAAGGUCAUCCUAUAGCUUUCUUCAGUAAGAAAAUGUGCCCUCGUAUGCAAGCUGCCUCCGUUUAUGUCCGAGAGAUGUUCGCUGUAACAGAAGCGGUUAAGAAAUGGCGUCAGUAUUUAUUGGGUCAAGAAUUCCAUAUUUUCACAGAUCAGAAGAGUUUAAGGAACUUGUUGUUACAAAAAGUGCAAACACCAGAACAACAGAAAUGGGCUGCUAAAUUGCAAGGUUUUAACUUUGAAAUAUUCUACAAACCUGGCAAAACUAACGUGGUAGCUGACGCUCUAAGCCGAAAAUAUACCACAGACGAACCGGUCCUGCUAUCUCUUUCUUCCUCUAUUCCAGAUCUCUUAACCAAGUUGCGUGCGUUUUAUGCUACAGACAGUGCAGGUAAACAGAUGGUUACACAACUGUUUGACAAAGGCAUAGGCGGUACAAAUUUUAAAUUCACUAAGGGUCUGAUAUUUUAUAAGGAGAAGUUGUUUAUACCUGAACUGGAUCGGUUACGAGCCACUGUCCUCCACGAAUACCAUGAUACACCAACUGCCGAACAUUCAGGAGUGAAAGCCACCUUGGCUCGUGUCUCCGCUUCUUUUUCUUGGCCAGGAAUGUACAAAGAGGUCAAAAGCUUGAUUAAACAUUGUGACACAUGCCAACACAAUAAAUACUUAACACAGAAAAAGAAAGGGUUGCUUCAGCCUUUACCUAUCCCAAGUCAAGUCUGGGAAGAUAUCACCAUGGACUUUAUCACCCAUCUCCCUAACUCCUUUGGUCACACUUGCAUCUGGGUUGUCUGUGAUCGACUUUCAAAAUCAGCUCAUUUCAUUGCUCUACCUUCAAAGUUCACUGCUCGAGACAUUGCGCAACGCUUCACUGUGGAAAUUGCUCGUCUUCAUGGCGCACCUAAAUCAAUCAUUUCGGACAGGGAUCCCUUGUUUCUGAGUAAUUUCUGGCAAGAGUUUCAUAAAAUACAAGGCACUAUGUUAAAAUACAGCACUGCUUACCAUCCGGAAACAGAUGGGCAAACAGAAGUACUUAAUAGAUCUGUUGAAACUUACCUCAGAUGCUUUGCUAGUACUCAUCCGGGUAAAUGGUACAAAUUCCUCCAUCUUGCUGAAUAUUGGUACAAUACCUCUUUUCAUACAGCCAUUCAGACGACACCGUUUCGAGCUCUUUACGGUCGCGACCCUCCCUGCAUUAGAGAUUUCGUCUCUGGCUCUGUUCAAGAUCAGUCCCUGGAAGAUACCUUGCAACAACACCAAGAAAUUUUGAAAACUUUAAAAGUGAAUCUACAAAAAAGCAGAGUGCAAAUGGAAAAACAGGCCAACAUUAAAAGGGUCGAUUUCACCUUCCAACCAAACGAUCUGGUCCUUCUCAAACUUCAGCCAUACCGCCAACAAACUGUUCACAAACGCACCUCACAAAAAUUAGCUCAACGAUUCUAUGGACCAUAUAAAAUCAUCAAGCGAAUCGGAAACGUUGCUUACCUGUUGAACCUCCCUUCAUCUUCCCGCAUACAUCCGGUGGUGCAUGUCUCCAUAUUACGACCUUACUUCGGCAAGAACCCCGAAACUGAUUUCCGCCCUCUUCCGCCUCUUACCAGCAUCCACGACUUAACAGAUCCAUGUAACGUUACCAGCAUUCAGGUGGAAGGAACAACAGAAGCACAGAGGAAGCGGCCUUCGGAACGACCAGCGGCCUUAACUCAGGAAGUUUUUGAAAACUCAGAAAGAAAGAAGGAGGAAAAGGUGAAACCGCAGAGUGACAAACUGGGAGCGAGAAACAUUGAGAUGGGAACUAAAGAAAUGAGAGAUGAGUCAUUGGUCUUAAGUGAAUCUCUGGCAAGUACUUCUCAAAACUCAAUGGUUAACAGACUGCCCUCAAGUACUUACACGCUUCCCGUUUUUCCACGCAAACAGCUGUCCCCCACUUCACCUAACGGUCAAACGGUAAAGGCUCUCUCACCGUUAGAUCUUCAUCGUGUACCCUCCAAUCGCCAGCUGUUACCCACUACUUUUAAUGCCUCUCACACUCCACCGCCCAUGCGCAUUGGAAAGCCAAAACAUCACGUGAUUCCUUCUGUUCCCAAAACCACUUUGCAGACAAAAGCAAAUCCUAGAGAUUUGCCCUUAUCUCUACCCAGAUCUGUCCUUUCAGGCCCAAUUACAAACCCUGCUGCCGCUGGCCCACACGACAUCACCUCCUCGUCCUUAGUGAACCUUGAGGACAAGGUUCUUCAAGAGGAAAUGGGUAUUGAUAAGAAGUUCAGUAGGCCCAAUAGAAAUAAAAAGGUUUCAGUUUUAUUAAAAGACUUUUAUUAUUAG